AUGGGUGGUGCGGCCAUGAUGUUAUCGAGUUCUAGGUCCAAAGCCAGGUUCCUCCUCACACAUGUUGUGCGGACGAUCACUGCUAGUGACGACAAUGCCUACCGUUGUGUGUACCAAGAGGAAGACGAUGAGGGAAUUAAGGGCGCCAAUCUGUCAAAGAACCUCAUGGCUAUUGCUGGAGACGCUCUCAAGGCCAACAUCACGGCCAUGGGGCCACUUGUCUUGCCUACAUCAGAGCUGAUCAAGUUUCUUCUCGUCUCCUUGGCAAGGAAGAUGCUCCUUGGGAGGAGGAUAAGGCCUUACAUUCCCAAUUUCCGUACAGCGUUCGAGCACUUCUGCAUCCACGUUGGUGGACCAGCGGUGAUCAGCUCGGUACAAUGUGGCCUUAAUCUAUCAGAUGAGCAUGUCGAGCCUUCACGAAUGACACUGCAUCAAUUCGGAAAUCAGUCGAGUGCAUCUGUGUGGUACGAGUUGGGAUACAUAGAAGCCAAGGGUCGAAUGCUAAAAGGUAAUAGGGUCUGGAUGAUUGGUUUCGGAGCUGGAUAUGAAUGCAACUCCGCAGUGUGGGUGUGCAUCCGUACAUCUCACGGUGACCAUGGGCCAUGGGCUAGUUGCAUCCAUCGAUACCCGCUAGAUGUGCAGAAAUAA